AUUGUUGUCAGUUGUAUGUGUACACUCAGAGGUGUGCUGUUACCGUUGUUACUGUCAACACCGUAUCUUAUGUUCUGGAACUGAGAUAAAAUUAAUGUGUUCUCGACACAGUAAUGUGUUCAAAUGUAAAUUUGCCGCUGUAAAUAUUCAUGUGCCAGUAACUCCAUUGUUCAGUCUUCAUUGAGAUCUCGCGCAAUGUCAGACAGUACAACCCCCGACGGGACUGAGAAUGCUUCAGAGAAGAAAAAUCAGAACGCCAUAGACGCAAUUCAGAUUUCCGUUCUAAAGUUGGUAUCCAAUGCAAACUCUCAACAGGACAAAGAUGGGGAAAAGGUGGCCGAGGAGGAGAUGUGGCUGGGAACCAACGAGGCGGCGACGCUGGGGUCAGAAGAGGUGGCUGCACGUCUCCGCGUGGAUCUGCGUACAGGUCUCUGGUGGCGUGAGGCGGAACUGAGGCGGCAGCUUGCCGGACACAAUGAAUUCUGCGUCAAAGAGGACGACCCUCUCUGGAAGAAAUAUAUUGAACAGUUCAAGAACCCUCUAAUUCUACUCCUGCUCGCAUCAGCUCUAGUCAGCGUCUGCAUGCGUCAGUUGGAUGAUGCAGUCAGCAUCACUGUUGCAAUUCUUAUAGUAGUAACUGUGGCGUUUGUGCAAGAAUACCGUUCAGAGAAAUCACUUGAGGAACUGACGAAGUUGGUACCACCAGGAUGUCACUGUUUGAGGGAGGGGCAGUUGGAGACAUUCCUAGCUCGCGACCUGGUCCCUGGAGACAUAGUUCACAUCAAUGUAGGGGACAGAGUGCCUGCAGACAUACGCCUGUUUGAGGCCAUUGACUUGGCAAUAGAUGAGAGCAGUUUCACUGGUGAGACAGAGCCAUCUGCCAAAAUAACAGUCCCAGUGCUUAAGACCAAUGGCCACACUUCGAUGAAGAAUAUUGCCUUCAUGGGAACUUUGGUACGAUGCGGCAACGGCAAGGGUAUUGUCGUGAACACAGGAGAGAAGAGUGAGUUUGGGGAAGUGUUCAAGAUGAUGCAGGCUGAAGAGGCACCAAAAACUCCUCUACAGAAGAGUAUGGACAUCCUGGGUACCCAGUUGUCUCUGUACAGCUUCUGCAUCAUCGGUCUUAUCAUGGGGCUGGGCUGGCUGCAGGGACGGCCCAUACUAGACAUGUUCACCAUCGGUGUCAGUCUGGCAGUAGCUGCCAUCCCUGAAGGCUUGCCCAUUGUGGUCACUGUCACACUGGCUCUAGGAGUUAUGCGGAUGGCCAAGCGGAAAGCUAUCGUCAAGAAACUUCCCACUGUAGAAACUCUCGGUUGUGUGAGUGUGAUCUGUUCAGACAAAACUGGUACCAUCACUAAGAACGAGAUGACGGCCACUGUUAUCGUCACUGCGGAUGGCCAUCUAGCUGAGGUAUCUGGGGCUGGAUAUAAUGACCAGGGGGAGAUUCAUAUCCACAAAUGUGACAGUGUGGAGAGAGCGCGGGAAUCAAUCUACAGGUUACUGGAGGUUGGCUGUGUGUGUAACAAUGCUGUGAUCAAUGGGGAGACUCUGCUCGGUCAGCCCACAGAGGGAGCUCUGCUUGCUGUGGCCAUGAAGAAUGGUAUGUUCGGAGUAGCAGACAAGUAUGUACGCCUGCAGGAGUAUCCAUUCAGCUCGGAGCAGAAGAUGAUGGCUGUCAAGUGUGUUCCCAAGUACGGUGACAACAAGGAGGAGAUCUAUUUCGUGAAAGGUGCCCUGGAGAAGAUUCUACAGCAAUGCACCAAGUACAUGAUUAACGGCAGUCUACAGCCCCUCAAUGUGAAGAAGGAACAGGAAUAUUUAGCAGAGGCUUAUGAGAUUGGCAGGAAAGGGCUUAGAGUGGUGGGAAUGGCUCGAGGGUCCAGUCUACAAGACCUCGCCUACAUGGGGCUGGUGGGUAUCUGUGACCCUCCUCGACCUUUUGUCCGGGAGUCCAUCCAGACCCUGCUGCAGAGUGGAGUCAAGGUGAAGAUGGUCACCGGUGAUGCCCAGGAAACUGCCACCGCCAUAGCUGCCAUGAUUGGGCUAGACACUAUCCAUGGUCAGAUCUUGUCAGGAGACCAGAUCGAUACUAUGUCUGAGCAUCAGUUGGAGCAGAUAGUGAACAACGUCACUGUAUUCUACAGGGUCACUCCACGCCACAAACUGUGCAUUGUUAAGGCAUUCCAGAGGGCAGGCAUCAUAGUAGCUAUGACUGGAGAUGGUGUCAAUGAUGGAGUGGCACUCAAGCGAGCUGAUAUCGGUAUCGCUAUGGGCAAGAAUGGCACCGACGUCUGUAAAGAAGCGGCGGACAUGAUCUUAGUUGACGAUGACUUCAAUACUAUUAUAUCGGCUAUUGAAGAGGGCAAGGGAAUUUUCUACAAUAUUCGGAACUUUGUGAGGUUCCAAUUGAGUACAAGUAUUGCAGCCCUUUCAUUGAUUGCUUUGGCAACAAUGAUGCGCAUCCCCAACCCCCUCAACGCCAUGCAGAUAUUAUGGAUUAACAUAAUAAUGGACGGUCCUCCAGCACAGAGUCUGGGUGUGGAGCCAGUUGAUCAUGAUGUGGUGAAACAGCAUCCUCGCAACGUCAAGGAGCCAAUGAUAACUCGUCACCUCAUAAUCAAUGUGCUACUCUCUGCAUCAAUCAUCAUCUUUGGUACCCUGUGGGUCUUCAAGCGUGAAAUGAGUGACGACCGAAUCACUCCAAGAGAUACAACGAUGACUUUCACUUGUUUCGUUUUCUUUGACAUGUUCAACGCUCUCAGCUGCCGUUCUCAGACCAAGUCAGUGUUCACGAUCGGACUGUUGACCAACCGCAUGUUCCUGUUGGCUGUCAUGUUCUCGGUGGUUGGCCAACUGUUGGUCGUCUACUUUCCCCCGCUACAGGUGGUGUUCCAGACAGAAGCUCUCACUUUGCAAGAUCUGGCAUUCCUGGUAGCACUGACGUCCACAGUGUUCAUUGUGUCUGAAGUGAAGAAGCUGGUGGAGCGCUCUUGUGAGCGUCGCCGCCGAACACCCAAAUCCGCCAUGGACUUUGUAUGACACUCGAGCUCCCCCAGAGGCAAGGCUAGAGUCGACUAAACCGCUCCACCCCAUUGCAAUAUACAUAAUUUAUUUAUUUCAUUUUUACUCUGUUUAGUUUUUAAGUCUUCUAUCUGUUUAUUUUAUUCUGGCCAUGUAUGAACUUUUACCUGUUUUACGGUUUGUGUUGGAAUUAGUGAUUAUUUACUUAAGAUCAGUUGUACAUUAUAUGCAUGAAUAUUGAGUUUUUAUACUGUGAUCUGCAGAAAUACAAGUAUUGCCUUAUUGAUCUGACACAUUACCACUGAAACAACACAUUAUGAACACUGUUAUUGUCAUGCACAGUAACACCAUAACUAAACACAACCAUUAAGCUUUCAGUUUGAAACAAAGUUUAUCAGGUGCAUAGUUGAAAUGAACUGAAACUUUUAUUAAAUUAUACUUUAAAGAAACAGUUUUUGAUAUUAACUUCUAACUUUUACAUUGUCCUCGUUACACUCGUUAUAAUACAAACUUGGGCCUAUCACCAUCUCAGUUUGGUCACUUGAUCAAACAAUGUGGAUGAAAAAACAUUCAUGUGCCGGACAUGUCUGUAUAAGAGAAAACACAUCAAACUUAUUAUUUCAAAAUCUUGUUUAUUCUGUACAAACUGAAAAUGCCUACAGUAGGGGUCACAAAAGAGUGCAUUUGGCGGCAACCAAUAGAAUGGAGAGGCCUGUGUGACGUUGCCACACAACUCGUCAACUGCUGCCCGAUACGGCACGAAGCGGUUGCAGCAGGGAACAAGUUUGGCAAUGUUGCUCAGUCCUCGUAGGCUUCACCAAGGUCACAUACUAAAUAGGCUCCUCCCUCAACUGCACUUUCUGGUGGUCCCUACUUUAAUGCCUAUUUAGUAAAAUGGUGUGAUUCACCUCUUAAAAAUGCAUAACUAUAUUUUAUUGUAAUAAAAAUUUAAAAUAUCGCUCCAUUUCAGUAGUAAAACUUUAUGAAUCUUUUUUAAAUAUUUGCACUCUUGAUUCACUGGACUAAAUUUGCCUAUGGGAUGCCAGAAGUAACUAUUCAUAACAAUAAUUAAGAAAUAUGUGUUCAUUGAUUAUUAAGAUGUCACUGUCUAAGACAUCAAUAAAUAUCUCUUAAGGUAUAUAAGAAAUAUGUGGUAAUAUUUCAGUGACUUAAAGUACUAUAAGGUGUGUGUCAUUUUGUUAAGGAAUACUACAUUAUUAAUUGUGUUAGAUAGUUAAAGUUUUGAUUAAAACUAUAUUAGAAAAUGGCUAAAUGUUAGUUAUUAAUAUAACAGUUCUGUUUAAUUUGUGAAAAAGCAUUAAACACUUAUCAAUUUAAUUUAAUGUACUAAUCCCGCAGUUUAUUUUCGAAUAACAAAGUUCCUACAUUGGCCAGCUGUAGAUAAUCUAAGUUAGUUAAUUUUAAGUUGACAGGAUCUUGAAUGUAGUAGUAUUUAUAUGGUAGUCGCAUCUCACUCCCAUUGUCUAUUGUUGGCCCCUGACACAUUCCAACCAAACUCAACCUCCAACCUCCCCCAAGGGUCAUUGUUGUCUGAUCUGACCUCUUUUGAGUUCUGCGUAUGUUUAGUUGUGCCAAGGAUGCUACAGGGUUGCCUGUGUUAGGUGUGUGAAUUGUUUUUACUUUUGUCCGAGCAGCUAUAUUUUUUUAACGGCUUAGGUUAGGUUUUUAAGUAUUUUUUAGUAUAGUCUGUUGUGACAGUGAUCUUUUUGUCCAUUAAGGAGGUCUUACCACCUGAAAGUUUUCUCUAAAUCCUUGAAAAGCCUUAAACAUGACUAAGAUUUGCUUCUUUCUUAAUUUGUGAACAAAUUUUAUUUUAUUUUGUAAAUUUUUUACACUUUUAAUUAUUUAAAAUAGUUAUGACUUGCUGUUUGUUAUUUUUCUCUUGUUAGUUUCUAAAAGACAAAACUGCAUUUAAGUGUGAAGUGUUUGUUGUAUGUUUUGUGGCUGUUGACAAAUAGUAUAUUAGUAGUCGGACCAAAAGUUAAAAUACUGAUCCGUAAUUUUGUUUUGAUAAAUUCUGUGAGUCCAAAGUUGUAUGUAUUAUUUAAUGUUUAAAUUGUCAACAAUACUAUUAGAUUCUUUUAAGGGUCAACAUAUAUCUUUUUAGAAUAUUUUGCAUUUACUUUCAUGUUUCCCAUUUCUUCUUUGUACUGAGAGUGAGGAAUUAUGUUUUUUGUUAGAAAAUAUACAUGAUGGUGCUAAAUUAUAAAUAUCUAAAGAUUCAGAUUAUAUCCAUUAUAUUAAAAGUAUUUUUAUAAUCGGUUUAUGUAACUUGUAUGUUGAAACUUAAUUUUCAUGAGAAUUAUAAUUUUAAUCUUGGUAUUUUAGUUAAAAAUGUUGCAAAUGCGGGAAAUGAGCAUUCGCUCUCUUUCUUCUGGGAUUGAUAAAAGUUACGAGUGAGAAAUCAAAGUACAGCAAAGGUUAAUUUUUAAGAAGGACCCAACAUAUUCUGUGUACCUUGACCAAAGAAACCUUGUACUGUGCACAAAUCUACCCCUACUAGCUGUAGUAGGACGAACACAUACAGCCACUUCUGUGUCAACGUCCAGUAGCAGUAGAUGUAACAAGUAAUAUAAAGUAGCGCCAUAGUAUCAGGUAUGUAACAUAAUUUAGCCGCCCAUGUAUGUGUAUGUGCUUGCUGUAAUAUAAGCAGCAUUUUCAUAGAUUUAUGCACUUUUUAGAACUGGUGUUGUACUAUAUAUUUUCAUUUACGGUGAGGUUUUUAAUUUUAUUGUUCGUUACAUUAUAACCGAUUUUGCAAGGAAACAGUGAAAAUUUUCUUUUUGUUUUGAUGAUAAUAGAUAAGGUCUGUUUGUUAAAUACAUGAAAAAAAUUCAACAUGAUAGCACUGUCACACAACGUCAGAGCCAUUUACUCAACAUGACUCACCAGAGUGCUGAUUCAAUAGCUAUCGGACUUGUGCUUGAUUUUGUUAGUCGUUGAAACAAAAACUGGUGGAAUUACUGAGAGUUAUCAACAACUCAACACUCAAAUGUUUGUUGUAAAGCUCAUGAAAAAUUCUUAAGAAAUUCUCAAAUUACAGUUGUUUUUUCAAAUAGAUGGUGUGAACUUGAACCUUCUACACUUAUGAAGAAAAUAUUAAAUGUAUGUGUGGUUAUCCCGUAAACGAAAUUCCAACUGAAAAUAUUUUGCAGGAAAACAACCAAUAUUGAGCCUAAACUGCUGAUUUCAGAACAAAAGUAAGGUGACCUAAACGUGUUGGUAAUUGAAAAACUCGUGAUAAAUUUAAAUUUUUUUAGAUGUUUCUUGGCAGUUCUCAACAUUAGGUUGGGAAAUUUUUCAGAGUUUUACAAAAGUCUUUUUUUUAGGUGUGUAAUUCAGAAAUUCCAUCAAUUUACAUUUUAAACGCCAGAAAAAACUAGCACAAAAAGGAAUCGCAACUCAAGAAGCUGCAUAGCUGAAUUAGCUCAUUGUCUACAUGCAAACUUACCAGUAUGGUGUGCAUUGCAUGACUGCCACCUUUUUAGAUUAGUUUGUAUAUUUAUCAGACAGACCUCGUAAUUUAAAAUCUGUUUGUAUAUCUAGUAAGAACAAGGUAAUGAUAAUAAAAUAAUGUGGUAAGUUAAUAAUCGUAACACUUAAAAGUCCAUAAAAAUUGGAUUUUUAUCACUUUUAAAAGUUUACUGUAUGCACAUAGAGUAGCAUCUCAAGUAAGUGUCUAAAUGUUCUGAUAUUAUGUGCAGUCAACAUCUGCCGCCAUCUUGUAUUUUAUUGUAUUGCUAGCACUGUGAUAUAAUUCUCAUCUCUAGUGUUCUCGUUCUCGUUGAACUUUCUAUUCUUAGGUGAUGUGAAUAUCACCUCUGUUCUGUUAACGACUAUUACUGCUAGAGAAUAUUAUAAUAUUGUUAAAGUAAGAUUAGGAUUUAUAAUUACUAAGCUUACUAAACACUUGUAAUUGUGAUUAUUAGUUUUAAUUAGUUUAUUUGUAUGGUGCGCAUUUUAACUGUGUGAUUUCUGGACACAUCUGGUUUGAUAUUGUUUUUUCGAGACUUAAAGUGGUAUUAUUAUUUACUAACUACUAAUAAUAAAAUAUAUUUCUUGAUUUGAAUUAAGUGAAAGCUUACAAAAUCAGUUUAAGAAUUACAAAAUACUACAAUUGUACGCACAAUAUUGAAUAUCAAUACUGUACUUAAUUUCCUUGAAAAUCUAUUUAGUUUAAGUUAAAAUUUUUUCAUUAAAUCCAAUAGUGUACAAAAAUGGAGCACACGUUAAUGUAUUACAAUCAAAAUUACUUACUUUAAUAAAAUUAGCAAAUGCCACUUUAUUUUUAUAUCUUAAAAAUGCCCAAAAACAAUAUUAAAAUCAUUUGCAUCCUGAAGCACACGUAUUCAUAAGGUAUCUUAAGUUGAUUUGAUAACUAUCAGUGUCUCAAGGUUUCCUGUUUUUUGAAUAAAAUUAUUAUACUUAA